ACUCUUGAAGAAGAUUUUCAAAUACAAAAUGAUGCUUACAGAUUACCAGAGAUAAUGUAUGUGAAGCAAAGGAUGCAAGGAACUCAGCUUUGGGACCAUGCUUGCUGAUGCUUCCCAGGAAUCCGGAAGUCAUGACCCACCUCACAGCACGAACACUUGGCACAAUGGACUAGAUGGCAUUACAGGGGGCGGUAGUGGCAGCACCACGGGGGGGAGGGCAACGAUGUCUCGCUGCCCUGAAACCUCGCCUGCUCCCGAGCCUGCUGCCAGCGCCCCCUCACCGCAAACUCCGUCAUGUUGCCUCACUCUCAGUCGUACCUGCAUAGGAGCAGGGCCCUGUGAAAAUGUCACUGUCAAGUGGAAACUGCCGCAGGACCAGGUCUCUCCGGCUGACUGGCUUGGGCUGUAUGUUGCAG